ACGGAUAUAAGGAGACAAUUAAGUCAAGUUGGUUGUAUCAACCCUUAAAAAAAUAACAGCUGAGAAAAUUCUGCACACGAGGUUGGUUGGGAAAACAUGAGACCACUACUACCAAACGGAACAAGAAAACCUCCUUAUCAGUUAUAAGAUCUUACUUGGCUUGGCUUACGCAUGUUGAGUACAAAAUUCUGUGACGUUCUCCUUCUCAGUAAUCCGAGUGCAAGAACUCACAAUUUCCUUCAAUGGAGUUUAUGAGACUCCUAUUAAUGGUGUUUACUAUUUUGUACAGCACAAAAACUCCGAACGGUGAAGGCCCUCUUGUUUAUGGCUACUACAAGGAGACGUGCCCCUUGGCUGAAGAUAUUGUGAGACACAACGUGGAGGUUGCAGUGUAUAAAGACCCUCGUUUGGCAGCCUCGCUACUUCGCUUACAUUUCCACGAUUGCUUCGUCAUGGGGUGUGAUGCAUCGGUUCUCCUGGACAGCGUGGAGGGCAUGACAAGUGAAAAACAGGCAGGACCGAAUCUGAAUUCAUUACGAGGAUUUGAGGUUAUAGACAAGAUUAAGUAUUUGCUUGAAGAGGAAUGUCCUCAUACGGUUUCUUGUGCUGAUAUUCUCGCCUUGGUUGCUCGUGAUGCUGUUGUAUCGAGAGGAGGGCCAACGUGGGAAGUGUUCCUGGGAAGAAAGGAUUCCCUCAAGUCAAGCUUCAAUGGAGCCAACCAGUUCAUCCCUGCUCCAAAUUCUUCUUUGGAAACUCUCAUAGACAAUUUCAAAGCGCAGGGUCUGGACGUACAUGACUUGGUAGCCCUAUCAGGCAGCCAUACCAUAGGAAGGGCAAGAUGCACAAGCUUCCGGCAGAGGAUUUAUGAAACAAAGCCUGAAUAUCAUUAUGGCUAUGAUCGUUACAGGCGGUAUACAACCUUCAGAAGAAUCCUGCGGUCCAUAUGCCCUGUCACGGGAAGGGAUCACAAGGUCGCACCACUGGAUUAUGAAACCCCAACCAAGUUUGAUAAUCAUUACUACGUAAACAUCCUCGAAGGAAACGGAUUGUUGGGUUCUGAUAAUGUUCUGAUCAGCCAGGACCAUGAGGGAGUGAUUAGAGAACAAGUGUGGGCUUAUGCUUCAAACCGAAAGCUUUUCUUUGCUUCGUUUGCCAAGUCCAUGAUCAAGAUGGGAAAUAUCAACGUCCUCACGGGAGAUGAAGGAGAAAUCAGGAGGCAUUGUAGGUUUGUCAACAGUUAUUAACCUGAGAAGUUGAUGUUCAGAUCUAAUUUUUAUUAUUAAUGCCUGAGAUAUUAUGCUGUAUGCGCAAGUAUAGGCCAUGGGAUUCUGGUAUGAUCCAGAAUGAUUAUGGAUUCAUAUUUGCCCCAGUUAUAUAUACUUUAAAUCAUUUGACAA